AGCCAAAUCCACAAAACCCUACAGCGACUCAGCGAGUUAACAAAAACCCUAGACCGGCAAUUUUCCCUCCUUUUCGUCUCCCUUGAAGAGGUACCAGUUUCUUCGUUCACCCUCUUCCAGACCUUCUCCCUCUCUCCCUCUUUAUUCUAUUUCCUCAGUUCGUUCGUCUGAGAAAGAUUGCAUUUUUUGAUAAAAAAGGUGAAGCUCAGGUCUGCUCGCAGAGGCGAAAGGGUUUAUCAGUGGUUUUCGGACACCGGUUAACUUUGUUUCAUCUUCUCUUUCCGCAUUCAUGGAGUUUAACGGAGAUGUAGCCGAAUCAUCAAGGCGGGUUCAGGUCCGCUUUGUGUCGAAGCUCCAGCCUCCUAUGAGAGUUCCACCAUCUUCCAUUGCAAUCCCCUCCAACCUCACCAGGAUGGGUCUAUCUGCUGUUGUUAAUAAUCUUCUCAAAGCUGGAAAUUCUGAUUGGGAACCUCAACCUUUUGAUUUUCUCAUUGAUGGUGAGCUGGUUCGGAUGCCACUUGAACAGUUUCUCCUCGCCAAGGGCAUUUCCGCGGAGAAAAUUCUUGAAAUUGAAUACAUUAGGGCUGUAGCCCCACGAAAGCAGGAGGAACCACGUUUACAUGAUGAUUGGGUCAGUGCAGUCGAUGGCUCUAAUCCUAGGUAUGCAUGUCCAUGGUUAAAAAAUAAGAAGAGAAAGGAAAUGUCAUUUAAUCCUCUAUUUUUAUGGUUCUCUGCUUCAACUUAGAUUUGUGCUGCAUUUGUUUCUGAUUAGAGGCUCAACACUUUAUCCCCCCAACACACACACACACAAAAAAAGUUUGAUGUAGAUGAGGUCCUCGAUCAUCCUACGAAGAUUAGAGCCUUUAAAAUCCUCAAGGGGCACAAAUCAUCUGUACAAACUGUUGCAGCUCAGACGUCUGGAGAUAUGGUAUGUUCUGGUUCCUGGGACUGUACUAUCAAGCUAUGGCAGACAAAUGAGAAUGAUGCAGAAGGUGAUAUAGUUUCAAUAAAAAAGAGAAAAGUGGGAAGCAAGGGAGAAGAAUUGCAGUCGGAGGGGGAGGCUGUAUCCACACUUGUGGGGCAUACACAAUGCGUAUCUUCUGUUGUUUGGCCAGAGCGGGAAACUAUUUAUUCUGCGUCAUGGGAUCAUUCUGUUAGAAGGUGGGAUUUUGAAACAGGCAAGGAUUCCUUGAACAUAUUCUGUGGGAAAGCCCUCAACUGCCUUGAUGUUGGAGGUGAAAGUUCUGCACUUAUUGCUGCUGGUGGUUCCGACCCUAUCCUUAGGAUAUGGGAUCCUCGAAAACCAGGAACUUUGGCUCCCAUCUUUCAGUUCUCAUCUCACUCCUCUUGGAUCACGGCUUGCAAGUGGCACAAAAAAUCCUGGUUUCAUUUGGUUUCCGCAUCUUAUGAUGGGAAAUUGAUGUUGUGGGAUCUAAGAACUGCGUGGCCACUGGCAGUACUAAACUCACAUAAUGACAAGGUGCUAUGUGCUGACUGGUGGAAAGGUGAUAGCAUAGUCAGCGGUGGAGCAGACUCGAAACUUUGCAUUUCUUCUGAAAUUCCUUUUGAGUGAGCAAUACAAGAGUAUCAGGAUAGGCAUUCUGCGUUGGAAAACUGAAAUCUAUUCCAAUGAACCUGGUCAAAAGAAUUUUGUUAAAGGUUAUUUUUGCUUGUAUAUACACAAUUUUGAUGGCAUUUGAUCGGUAUCAUUUUAAAACACAGGUCUUCUAAUCAGAGAAGCAUAAGGUGGGUCUGAAUUUCUGCUGGCAAUUGAGGAACCAUGGCUAUGCUAAUCGUAAGAAAAUCUUACUUGCAGAGGAUAUUGUAGAGGAAAGUGUUGAACUUUUGAAUUGAUAUAAAUGUAUUUCUUGGAGUGGAUUGAAAGAACUUAACCACAUUUUUAUCAAAA